AGUGACGUCCCUUGGGACACAGGAAGGGAAAAUAGCUGGCGCUUCAACUCUAAGAAGCAGGCUACGCUCAACUGGUGCGAGUAGAAAAAACAGAAGUUUCGUCUUUACCUGGUUGACAGUCUCAAUUAAACCAUCUGAAUGGAUUCCGUUGACUCAGUGUUCUACUCAGAACGCCUGGGUCCUUCCAGUAACCCUUUGCUGGACCAGCUACCCAGCUACCAGUCCCUCCUGUACCGUAGGAAGUCCUCAGCCACAGGCAGCACGAAGAGAAGAGGCAGCUCUCGCAGACACUUAAGCUCGUCUUCCAGCUGGAAAUGGAAAGGGGACAAAGUGGAGGAGAAACCAAAGGCUGUCGCUCAUCAGAGGCUCAUCUGCGAGCUGCCCAAGACUAUGGAGGAGAAACGCAGAGACAAUGUGCAGCGCAUGGAGCAGGCUCGGGACCUGAGCAGCUGGAAGCAGUGGCGCCAGAACACACACCACUCCCUGAAGAGGCUGAAGGAAGACUGUAUGGAGCUGCUGAGAAGGCUGAAGCUGUGGAGAGGAGACAUCCACGUCAUAGAGGGGAUGUUUGGCACUGGGAUCCUGUCUUACUUCUCCUUCCUGCGCUUCCUGGUGCUGCUCAACUUCGUCAUCUUCCUCCUGAUGUUUUGCUUCAUCAUGUUGCCCAUCAUCAUCGCACCCCAUACUUCAGGAAACGCCACCUUCGACCUCUACAAUGGACAUGAAUGCAGUAACUACCCCAGCACGUCUCGUCGUGGACUGGUUGUGUUCCAUCAGUAUAUCACAGACCUACUGUCAGGGACGGGCUUUCUGGAAGAAACCUACCUCUUCUACGGCUACUAUAAGGUGGAAUCCAUAUAUUUCCCUAAGUUCUCCUAUAAUCUCCCCUUGGCCUACCUGCUCGUCACUAUUACCUACCUCUUCCUGAGUCUCAUUUGGAUUGUGAAAAGGUCGGCGGCCGGUUUCAAAAGGAAUCUGGUGCAGGAUGAGGACCGCUUCCAGAGCUUUUGCAACAAGAUCUUCGCCGGCUGGGACUUCUGCAUCACCAACGAGACCGCCGCCCGGCUGAAGCAGAGCAGCCUGCUGUACGAGCUGAAGACCGACCUGGAGGAGGAGCGGAUCAAGCAGAAGAUCGCCGACCGCACGCGCAGAGAAAAGUGCCGGAUAUACGUGCUGCGGCUGGUCCUCAACUUGUUCGUGGUGGCCGUGCUAGCUGCCUGCUUCUAUAGCAUCUACAGGGCCACCAUCUGCUCACAGGAGUCCCAGAUUCAUCCACCAACCAACUUCGUCCUGAAACUGAUCUUUGAGUACCUCCCCUCCAUCGUCAUCACUCUGGCCAACUUCAUCACCCCGCUCAUGUUCACCCUCAUCAUCCAGUUUGAGGACUACUCUCCUGCCUUUGAGAUUCGCUUCACACUGAUGAGGUGUGUAUUCAUGCGUUUGGCCAGCAUUGGGGUUCUGCUAUUCUCCCUCUGGUCUCAGAUCACUUGCGAUUUAGGACCCAACUGUCCCUGUGAAUACAAGCACUCCGACUACCCGUGCUGGGAGUCCCGCGUGGGUCAGGAGAUGUACAAACUCACGAUCUUCGAUUUCAUCAUCAUCGGCGCCGUCACCAUCUUUGUAGAGUUUCCAAGGAAGCUGAUUGUGACGUACUGUGACUGCGGCUUGGCCAAGUGGUGGGGUCAGCAGGAGUUUGCCAUUCCCCAGAAUGUGCUUGAGAUUGUGUACGGCCAGACCAUCUGCUGGAUCGGCACAUUCUACUGUCCCCUGCUCCCAGCCAUCUGCACCAUCAAGUACUUCAUCGUCUUCUACAUCAAAAAGAUGACCCUGGUAAAGAACUGUCGGCCAGCCACACGCCCCUUCCGGGCCUCCAGCUCAAAUUUCUUCUUCCUGGUGGUGCUGCUGAUUGGCCUGGCGCUGGCCUGCGUGCCUGUGAUUUUCAGCAUCGCACAGAUAAACUCCUCCCGCGCAUGCGGCCCCUUCAUGAACUACACCAAGUCGUGGGAGGUGGUCCCGGAGGCGGUGUCCCAGCUGCCCGGGGGCCUGCCCACCUUCUUCUUCGCCCUGUCUUCAGAAGCCUUCGCCGUCUCCUUCUUUGUGGUUACGUGCCUGGCCAUGUUUUACGUGAUUGCGCUGGCUGGAGCCCACAAGCGUGUGGUGGAUCAGCUGAGGGAGCAGCUAGCCAUGGAAGGGAGAGACAAGCGCUUCCUGAUCCAGAAGCUGUGCCAGGCGCAGAGGACGUCCGUCAGGUCUGCGGGGGUGCAGUCUCACGCGGACAGGGACCGCCAGAGUAACCGCGGCGCCCAAAACCACGACGACCCCGGGGGGGUGUUCCUGGCGCAGCCUCCGGUCUCCGCCACGCACUCAGGCAUGGGCGUACUGUGGAUUUUGUUAGGUGUAUUGGCUUCCCAUUUGACCGCCCUUAAAGCGGAUGAUAUCGUUGUGGGCUGCGGUGGAUUCGUGAAGUCGGAGGUGGAAAUCAAUUACUCACUAAUCGAGAUAAAAUUAUACACAAAGCAAGGCUCCUUGAAGUACCAGACAGACUGUGCUCCAAUCAAUGGCUACUUUAUGAUCCCUCUCUAUGACAAGGGAGACUUUAUCCUGAAGAUUGAACCACCACUUGGGUGGAGCUUUGAGCCUACCAGUGUAGAUCUCCAUGUGGAUGGUCUGAAUGACAUCUGCACCAAAGGAGAAGACAUUAACUUCGUAUUCACCGGCUUCUCUGUGUUGGGAACGGUGCUGAGUAAAGGGCAGCAGCUGGGUCCGGCUGGGGUGGAGGUGAACCUGCGCAGAGCUGGAGCUGAAUCCAGCCUGCAGACCGUGCUCACACAGCCAGGAGGAAAGUACACCUUCUUUAAAGUUCUGCCAGGAAAUUAUGAUAUCACUGCAGCCCAUGCAUCAUGGACUCUGGAGCAGAGCGCAACAGUGGUGCACGUGUCCAAUGCCAACGCCCCUGCCGCAGCGCACCUAGUGGUGGGAGGGUACGACGUGUCCGGGGAGGUGCGCAGCGAUGGAGAGCCCAUGAAAGAGGUCACCUUUCUGCUGUUCUCAGCCACUGUCAAGCAAGAGGACAUCACGGGGUGCAGCACGGCCCCCGUGGAGGGCUCUCAGUCAGUCGAAGACUCCCUGUCCUACCUGUGCAGUGUUCUGUCCCGGGAAGAUGGCACCUUCACCUUCCCCUCUCUGGCCAGCGGAGAGUACACAGUGAUACCUUUCUACCGGGGAGAGAGAAUCACCUUUGAUGUUGCCCCAUCACGGAUGGAGUUCAAGGUGGAGCACAACAGCUUAAAACUGGAACCAAUCUUCCGUGUGAUGGGCUUCUCUGUGACCGGCAGGGUGCUCAACAGCCCUGACGGGGAGGGCGUGCCCGAUGCCACGGUAACCCUCAACAACCAGAUCAAGGUGCUGACCAAAGAGGACGGAUCUUUCCGUCUGGAGAACAUGACAGCUGGGACCUACACCAUCCGCACGCACAAGGAGCUCAUGUUCUUUGAGCCGAUCACUGUGAAGAUUGCCCCUAACACGCCUCAGCUGCCUGACAUCAUCACAGCAGGGUUCAGCGUGUGCGGUCAGAUUUCCAUCACCCGGCUGCCCGAGGGCAUGAAGCAGCAGGGGCGCUACCGCGUGACCCUCACGCCCCGCGGACAGGACAAAGCCGCCGGCCGCGCCACCGACUCCGACCCCCAGGGGGCCUUCUGCUUCCAGGCCAGGCCGGGAGACUACAGCAUCCAGGUCUCCCUCCCGGACGCGGAAGUGAAGGCCGGCCUGGCGCUGCAGCCUCAGUCUCUGGACGUGUCCCUGGUCGACCGGCCUCUGUCCGACGUGCACUUCACGCAGUUCAUGGCCUCCGUGUCGGGAAAGGUCACCUGCUUGGUGGCCUGUGGUGACCUGACGGUGACCCUGCAGUCUGUCAGUCGACAGGGAGAGAGGCGCAGCGUGCAGCUCUUGGAGAAGGCCGAGUCUCUCGCCUUCGCUUUCGACAACGUCCUUCCUGGAAAGUACAAAGUGAGCAUCUCCCAUGAGGAGUGGUGCUGGAAGCACAAGUCGGUGGAGGUGGAGGUGCUGGACGCGGACGUGCCGACUGUGGAGUUCAGACAGACGGGCUACAUGCUGCGCUGCUCCCUCUCCCACGCCAUCACUCUGGAGUUCUUCCAAGACGACAGCAUGCCUGAGAAUGUGGGAAUUUACAACCUCUCUAAGGGAGUAAACCGCUUCUGCCUCUCAAAGCCAGGUGUGUACAAAGUGACCCCACGAUCCUGCCACCAGUUUGAGCAAGAUUAUUACACCUAUGACACCUCCGCCCCCAGCAUCCUCACCCUGACUGCAGUCAGGCACCACAUGACCGGACUCAUCACCACUGACAAGAUCCUGGAUGUCACUGUCACCAUCAAGUCCUCCAUUGAGAGCGAACCGGCCUUGGUCCUGGGGCCCCUGCGGUCCCAGGAAGAGCAGCGGCAGGAGCAGCAGCUGCAGGAGAUCGAGCUGCGCAGGCAGGAGAGGGAGCGGCGGGGAGAGGAGGAGGGCAAGGAGAGCCCCCCGGUGCAGGAGAAAGCAGAGGACCUGAAGGGGCCCUUUCACUACGAGUUCUCCUACUGGGCCAGGGCUGGGGAGAAGGUCACCGUCACACCCUCUUCCAAGGAGCUUCUCUUCUACCCCCCUGAAGUGGAGGCCACCAUCACUGGAGAUGGCUGCCCAGGACGGCUGGUGGACAUCGCCGGGCGGGCCGGACUGUUCCUGGAAGGACAGGUGUCCCCUGAACUGGAGGGUGUGGAGAUAUCCAUCAGUGAGAGAGGAGCAGCCACACCCCUCAUCACUGUGGCCACCAAUGAGAAGGGAGCAUACAGUGUGGGGCCGCUGCACAGUGACCGGGAGUAUGACGUCAGCGCCGGCAAAGAGGGCUUCGUGCUGACGCCAGUGGAGGGCACAAAGGGAGACUUCAAGGCCUUCGCCCUGGCAGGAGUCACCUUCGAGAUUAAGGCAGAAGAUGGUCAGCCCCUCUCUGGGGUCCUGCUCUCUCUCAGUGGAGGACAGUUCCGCUCUAACCUGCUCACCCAGGAAUCCGGCCUCCUCACCUUCAACAACCUGAGCCCCGGUCAGUACUACUUCAAGCCCAUGAUGAAGGAGUUCCGCUUUGAGCCUGCCUCUCAGAUGAUCGAGGUGGAAGAAGGCCAGACGCUCAACAUCGCCAUCGCCGGCUACAAGACCGCGUACAGUUGCUACGGCGCUGUGCAGUCUCUGAGCGGCGAUGCGGAGCAGGGCGUGUCCGUGGAGGCGGUGGGCCAGGGAGAGUGCAGCCUGUACAGCGAGGACACUGUGACGGACGAGGAGGGCCGCUUCAGGCUGCGCGGGCUGCUGCCCGGGUGUAAAUAUCUGAUCCAGCUGAGGGCUGAAGGUAACGACCACAUAGAGAGGGCCCUGCCCCAGCACCGAUCUGUGGAGGUGCGGAGCAGUGACAUCGAGGGCGUGAACAUCAUCGCUUUCAGGCAGAUCAAUCAGUUUGACCUGAGUGGAAACGUUAUCACUUCCCCAGAGCACCUUCCCACUCUCUGGGUGAAGCUGUAUAAGAGUGAUAACCUGGACAACCCCAUCAACACCGUGUCCCUGGGCCAGUCGCUGUUCUUCCACUUCACCCCGCUGCUGCGGGACGGGCUGAGCUAUGUGCUGAUGCUGGACUCCACCCUGUCCCGCUCGCAGUACGACUUCUCUCUGCCCCAGAUCUCCUUCACUGCUACAGGAUAUCACAAACAUGUCACUCUGACCUUUAACCCCACCCGCAAAGUGCCCGACCAGGACGUGGCUCAGGGCUCCUACAUCGCCCUGCCCCUCACGCUGCUCCUGCUCCUGGCUGCUUACAACCACGAGAAGGUCAUCCCCUUCCUGCUGCAGCUGGUGAACCGGGUGCAGGGGGUCCGAGGGCUGGCCCAGGCCGGCGGGGACACCAUGGCCCUGGAUGAGGCCAAACGCCAGGCCAAGAGGCAGAAGACCAGGCGCAUCUGAGGAGUCUGAGGAGGACCACAGACUCCUCCCACUUUUCCAGAGUGGGUGGGGACCUGAACGGCGGACGCUCUCACAUUACCUCAUAGGCAGAUGGACUGAUGGGACUGAUAUUGUCAGCUUGGAUUCGAUGCUGGGGCUGGAAUGGUGCCCAGGCGAGAUUGUCGUAAAGUGGCCUCUGUGAGACACUCGCUCCUGUGAGGUGUGCCUCUCGUUUCAGAAGAACAUGUGUUAUACUCUCUGAAGAAUCCAUACUGCCAAUAUGAGGCUUUUCUAAUGCUUUUUUUAUUACUUGAUAUCUGAGCCCUUUUUAACAAGUGUCAAGUGAUGCAGGAAGACGACAAGGAAUGGAAUUCCUGUUCCAGUGUUUGGCAUUGUCUGUAGAAUAUGGGGUGGGAUAAUAGGGUGUGUGUGUAUGUCUGUGUGUGUAUUUGGUUAUAUGAAAUGGGGCGGUUAAAGUAAAUGGCAGGUAUAGAAAUGAUCACAAACAAUCAUGAAAGCGAUUAGUUUUGGGUUAUAGACAUGGUAGGAUGCAAAUUUGAGAAACUAAUUUAUUACCAUUAGGUGUUUAGAUCCAGUUGUGACCUGUUUAGUGUGAGGCCACUCCAGGAGUCCUUCCUUGCGGGGUGAUGUCGCUCUGCGGUCCUAACAGCAGGGGGAGUUUGUGUGUGCGAGUCUGCCUGUGAUUCCGACCACUCACCUUGCAGAACCUUGCAUGUCAAAAUGUGUGUGGACACAACUCAAACCUACCCUUACCUUUUUUCCCCUCGCGAAAUUAAUGGGGUAUUUUAUUUUAUAUGAUUAAUGUGUCUGUCAUGCAGCAGUAAAAAAUGAUUUUGCAUUUGAGGUUGAGUUGCUUAUGAAGGUGGCGAGUGCAAGAGUAGCCAGUGGCACUUCCUGUACUGGAAUGAUGGAGUGAUGGUCUGGGGUAAUGGGACUGGCAGGACGGAGGGGAGGGGAGGGGAGGGGGGAGUAAUCUUAAAUUAUGUCAAGAUUUGAUUAUGUUGAGAUAAUAAAAUCGCUAAAAACCCUUAA